AUGAGUUGACAAAAGUGUUCUGUGGCCCUGACUUCAACAAGCAGCAACAAAUAUCUUGAUUCUUUUAGACUGGUAUUUUAAGCAAUGUGAGAUUUCUGCUUUCCUCCAGCCAGGAGUUUAGAGGCCAAUUCAUGGUCAAGAUACCUUCAGAAAAUUGCUCUUUGUGAUGGGAUAGAUCCUUACAUGUUAACAAAGAAGGAUUUUUCCUGAGUUGGAAAAUUAUCCAUCUGUUGAGGUCCCCCGACAUCUCAAACUACCUGGUGCUGCAGACAUUGUUCUACAUGGCCAAACAGAUAAAAACUUGGAAGAGCAUGGAGGCAUACAGCUUUUAAUAUGUGGAUGAUUAAAGAUCUGGGGACCAAGACACAACAAGAUAAAUCCUGUAUUGUUUAUGCCCAGGUAAAUCAUUCACAAAGAUCCACAGAAACCCCUUUAAAGACCUGGGUAUUGGUGAAACAGGACGUAGAAGUUAUCACAGCUCACUGUAACUGCAUGGCUGGGGAAGCAGUUUCAUACUGUUAACUCAUAACUAUUUCACAGAAAAGUUGGUUGGGUUGUAACCCAUUAAGACCACUGGACCAUUGGUCACUGGAUCAAAAAGUGUCAUCAUGGUGCGUAAUAUGGAUGACCUGGACUUUUGCCUGUCCUCUCACUCACAGAGCAUGUUGGAGGGACUGCGUUCUCUUUGUUCCCACCCUAAUCUCGUGGAUGUUACCUUAAGUGCUGGUGGGCGGGACUUUCCCUGUCACCGGGGCAUCCUGGCUCUCUGUAGCCUCUACUUCCACUCCAUGUUCUCAGGUGACUUUGUGGAGAGCAUAGCUACACGGAUAGAGCUUCAUGAUGUGGAUCCUGAUGUGCUUGCCACACUACUGGACUUUGCUUACACUGGAAAACUCACCAUCAAUCAAGGAAAUGUGGAGGGCCUUAUAUGCACCUCAAGUCAGCUUCAAUUCCAGACAGUGCGGGCUGUCUGUAGUCGAUACCUGCAGCACCAAAUAGAUGCUAGUAACUGUCUUGGCAUACAAGAGUUUGGAGAGAUCCAUGGUUGUCCUGAGGUGGUUGCCAAAGCCAAAGCAUUUAUUUUGGAGAACUUUGAAGCAUUGCAGAAGCAUGAGGAGUUUCUGCUCCUGGAAAAGGAUAAGCUAGUGGCCUGUCUGAAGGAUGAGGAUCUACAGGUGCGGAAUGACUGUGCUCGAGCUGAGGCAGCACUUGCAUGGGUCAGGCAUUGCAGAGAAAGCCGAAUCUGUUACCUACCAGAGUUAUUGAGACUGGCGAGACUACCUCUUCUGCCUGAAUCCUACCUUUUAGAAAUCCUGUUGAAAGACCCUCUAGUUCAGGAUUUCCCAGAAUGCAAAGAAGUCCUUGAGGUUGUUUCCAGAGAGAAAAUUAAUAUAAAACCAAGUGAGGCAGUGCAGAGUCCUUUCCGAAAUGCCCCUCACAACCUGCAAGAAGUGUUGUUUGUGAUGGGUGGUCGCUCGCUUGAUGACUCUGAUGUAGAAGACGAGGAGGAAGAUGGUGAGCAAGAGAUCAGGAUUCAUCCCAGGAACUGUGCUUUCUACAAUACAAAGCUUCAGCAAUGGCAUCAGCUACCUGAUUUUCCCAACUACAACAAGUGGGGUUAUUCCACUGUCUCUUUAAACAAUGAUGUGUAUGUUACAGGAGGUUCGAGAGGUUCCCAGUCCAAUACCUGGUCAACCACAGAGACCUGGAAGUAUAUCACUCGUGAAGGGAGGUGGGUUACAGUAGCGCCAAUGUUGAGGCCCAGGACUAACCACUCCUCUGCAGCACUAAAUGGAGAGAUUUAUGUCAUUGGAGGCACUAUGAUGGACAUUGUAGAAGUAGAACACUAUGACCCAUAUAGUGACAGCUGGGCUCUGACAGCUCCUGCACUGAAAUAUGUGACCAACUUCACAGCCACUGCAUGUGUGGGGAAGCUGUAUGUCAUUGGUUCUUGCGCUGUCAAAUAUAAUGCCCUGACUCUGCAGUGCUACAACCCUGUCAUAGAUGGUUGGAGUAUCAUCUGCUCUCCAUUUAUCCCAAAGUACUUAUCCUCUCCCUGUUCUGUUUCUAUGGAUGGGGUUAUCUAUCUAAUAGCAGACAACACCAAAAAGGUGUAUCUGUAUGACCCAGAUGCUAACAUGUGGCAGAAGGUUCAGUUCCUGCACAAACUCCAUGAGAACGGAGGCAUGGUGGUUUUGGGACAGCAGCUCUACGUAACUGGGGGGCACUGGAAAGGAAUGGAGGGAGAUUAUGGUGUAGAAGUGGAGGUGUACAACCGAGCGUCCAACUCCUGGAGGGUAGAGUGUUUCCUUCCCAGGCUGUGGUACUACAGUGGCUGCUGUUCUAUCUUCAUAGACACGUCCCAAUGGCCCGAGCUCUUUCCUGAAGAGACAUAAUGCAAGGCAGUGACAUGAAGCUGUUCAGUUAUAAGCUCAACUAAUGAGCUAAGCUCAGCUAAGCUGACUAGGACUAGAAUCUCAGAUAUAUGAAGUGGACAUUUUUACUCAGUUUUUUUUUUUCAUUAUUAAAACAUA